GGCCUAUGAACCAGAGACGACAUCAAAGGAAGCCCAAGAACCUGGGGACUUCUGGCAAGGAGGCUGGAACUAAGUGUUCUGAUGACAUCACAGAGGAGGAGACAAGAAAGCAAUGUCUCUUUCUUCCCACUCCUCCAACCCCCUCAGCACAGGGGCUCCUCAAACCCAGGGGACACUCCCUCCUUGGAGACUCGUCUUUAUCCAGACACCUUUCCAGCCUCCUCUCACCUCUGGGCUGUCCUUGGUCUGAGGCAAGAAGAAUCCGUGCCGCAGCCCUGCUGCCUUCCAGCUCCUGUCCUUCCCGGCGUCUGUCAGACAGCUGUGGCUGAGCCUGUCCCUCUGGGCCCUCUGCAUUUUUACCAGAAGGAUUAACCAGGCCAGGGAUAACUGGGAAGAGUCUCAGCCAAGGACCAGUUGGAUCUCUUGUUCUCAGGAGGAAUGGCGCUUCCUGUGACCCAACUCCUGUUCCUCCAGCUUGUUCUAGCGCCAACCUGGGUUGAAAACAUCGAGCUCCAGGUGGCCACUGAGAACUUCCGCACCUUACACAUCGACUAUCCCAGGGCUAACUACGCAAAAGGCUUCCACGGCUACUGUAACGGUCUGAUGGCCUACGUGCGGGGCAGGCAACAGACCUGGCACUGCCCAAAGGUCCACUAUGUGUUACAUGCCCCUUGGAAAGCCAUCGGGAAGCUCUGCAAGUACAGCGAGAGCUUCUGUGAGAAUUACAAUGAAUACUGCACUCUCACCCAGGACUCCUUCCCCCUCACCAUCUGCAAACUACACAAGGGAGACACGCCCACCAGCUGCCACUACAACGGCACUCUGACCAACCAGAGGCUCUAUCUGCUCUGCUCCCAGCAGUACGAUGCUGAGCCGAUGGAUAUCAUUGGCCUCUACUAGGCAAGGGAGGCUUUCAGUCUGAACCACCCGCUACCACCACUGCAGACCAGCCUGUCUCCACUCCCAAAGCUCCGAUCCCUGGUACCAGGCUUCCUCUCUGGCUUCCAAGGUAGGCAGGGCCCCUCCCAAGAGACUAAGGGACGUAGGAAAAAUGUCCAGAGCUUUGGUCACUGUGCAAAGUUGUAUUGUCCUCUAGGCUCUUUCUAACUUGUUUACCUCCCCACCCCCACCCAUCCCUACCCCCAUCCUCCCUCUCCCACAGACAGUUUUACCCACCCAAGAAGCUGACUGUGUCCAGUUGGCAGUGACUGUCCAUCUACUGGGCCAGAUCCUGAAUCCUGGAUGGAGGCCCAGAGCCUCGGCUCACACCAUGGCAACAGGCACCAGUUCUGUCUCAAAUCCCCAUCCCUACCAGCCUUCCCUUCUCAAUCCUCCCCAUUUCCCUAAUGAGUCCCUCCACCCACUCACGCACAUGGUGGGUACCUCUAGCUAUAGGAGCCUCCCUGAGCGUAUUAUACUCAUAUUAGCUUCAUUUCUCCAGGGGCCCCCUCUGUUCUCAUUCUGCUCCUCUCGAUGGAAUCAUUGAUUUCCUCUUCGCGGAAUACAUCUUUUCUGCUCUGGAGAGUGCAGUCUCUCCCCCACACUCCCAACCUCUUUCAUCGCCUUGUAUUCUUUUCCUUCCAUCCUUCUCACCUUGGCUUACUGGAGCUUCACGUUAUCUUCCUGCAUCCCUUUCCUUCCCAAAGCUCCUCCUCACAUUCCCCCAGACUCCAGGAUCUGCCUCUGACAAGGCGUGGGUGAAGUGGGUCUAGCUGUAGUCACAGAAGGUUUUAAAACCAUAUCUGAAUUAUGUAAAAUAUAACCAUGGGAUGACAUGGGGUGAAGGGUACAUGGGGCCUCUCUGUACUUUUAGCAUCUUCCUGGGAAUCUAUAGUCAUUUCAAAAUAAAAAGAUAAAAAAAAA